AUGAAAACGUAGGAAGACUUUCCCUUUUAGAUAAAGUUGUACGACUACAUACAACAUGUAAACCCAGUCAAUUUUUUGUCCCCUCUGCAAGCUGAGCAAAUCUCACACAUUUUACGAGAAACCUGAAGCUUCGACGGAAGAGAUCGUCGGAAGUUGCAGAAGCUCAAGCGCUGGGAAGGUCUAUUCUCCGGCAAUGUGUAACUCACGCGCUCUAGUUUCAGUUGCUCUUCUUUUUAGCUUGGCUGUAGCUUCGGUCUCUGCUCAGGGAUCUGGUUCCAAGAGUUCAUGGCAAACACUUAGCGGGAACUCACCUCUUGUCAUAGCCCGUGGUGGAUUUUCUGGGAUAUUUCCCGAUUCCAGCUAUGCUGCUUACAGUUUAACAUUGUUAACUAGCUUAUCCGAUGCGGUCUUGUGGUGUGAUGUGCAAUUAACAAAAGAUGCUGCAGGAAUUUGCGCUUCAGAUAUCAAGUUAGACAAUAGUACUGAUAUUUCAGAUGUCUUCAAGAAGAGGGAUAAAGAAUAUGUUAUUAAUGGAAAACCUACAAGAGGAUGGUUUUCGUUGGACUUCACUCUCAAAGAGCUAGCAAAUGUCUUCGUCCAACAAGGAGUCUAUUCUCGCACCAAUAAGUUCGAUGGAAAUUUAUUUCAAAUUCUCACAGUUGAUGAUAUGACUCAAUUGAAACCACCAGGCUUAUGGCUGAAUAUUCAGCAUGAUGAAUUCUUCACGCAACAUAAUUUAAGUAUGAGAAACUAUGUACUUUCUUUAUCUAAAAGAGUAUACAUCAAUUAUAUUUCAUCGCCAGAGAUGGGUUUCCUGAACAGUAUUAGAGCAAGACUCAAUACAAAGGUCACAAAGCUGGUCUUUCGGUUUCUAGGAAAAGAUGAGAUUGAGCCUUUAACAAACCAGACAUAUGAUUCUCUCUCAAAGAAUCUUACAAAAAUCAAGGCAUUUGCCUCUGGAAUUAUUGUCCCUAAAGAUUACAUAUGGCCUAUUGAUACAAAAAAUUAUUUGGAACAACAUACUUCUCUUGUCUCGGAUGCUCACAAAGCAGGGUUGGAAAUAUAUGCAUCAGAGUUUGUGAAUGACUUUCCUUUAAGCUACAAUUAUAGUUAUGAUCCAGUAGCUGAGUACCUGAAUUUCAUUGACAAUGGCGACUUCAGUGUUGAUGGUGUGCUAACUGAUUUUCCAAUAACUCCAUCAGCAGCCAUAGGUUGCUUUGCUCACCUAGGCAAAAAUGCCACAGAACAAGAAAAGCUUUUGGUUAUCUCAAAAUGCGGGGCCAGCGGAGACUAUCCUGGUUGUACUGACAAGGCUUAUUUCAAGGCAAUUGAUGAUGGCGUGGAUGUACUUGACUGUCCAGUCCAGAUGUCAAAGGAUGGGAUACCAUUUUGCUUAAGCUCUAUAAAUUUAAUAGAUAGCACAGAUGCAGCUCAAUCUGAAUUUAGCAACCUUACAAUGAGUGUUCCGCAGAUUAAGGGUGGCACUGGCAUAUUCGCCUUCAACAUGACUUGGAAUGAAAUUCAAAAUUUAGAACCUGUUAUAUCAAGCCCCUAUUCAUCAUACACACUGUACCGGAAUCCAAUGAGCAUGCAUGACGGCAAAUUUAUGUCAUUGUCUGAUUUUUUGGCCUUGGCAAAGAAUUCAAGCUCUCUGACUGGCAUCUUGAUCAGCAUAGACCAUGCGGCCUAUCUUGCAGAGCAGGGCUUAAGUGUUACUGAUGCAGUCAUUAGUUCCCUGAGCAAAGCUGGCUUCAACAAUCAAACAGUCCCAAAAGUUAUGAUUCAGUCUACUAAUAGCUCUGUUCUAACAAAGUUCCGAGGCAAAAGUAAUUAUGAACUCGUAUACAAGAUUGAAGAGCCAAUCCGAAGUCUUGAUGAUGGUUCCUUGGAGGACAUCAAGUCAUUUGCUGACUCUGUGGUUGUUAACAAGGCCUCUGUCUUCCCAGAUACGUUGUUAUUUUUGACUGGUUCUACAGAUGUUGUAAGUAAGCUUCAGAAAAAGAAGCUUCCUGUUUACGUAGAAACAUUCAGCAAUGAGUUUGUAUCUCAAGCAUGGGACUUCUUUUCUGAUGCAACCGUGGAAAUAAAUUCCUAUGUCAUGGGAGCCAAUGUUAGUGGUGUAAUCACAGACUUUCCUGAAACUGCUGCUAGAUACAAAAGAAACAAAUGUUUGGGUCUAGGUGACAAGACACCUGCUUACAUGAGCCCUGUUGCACCUGGCAGUCUCAUACAACUCAUCACUUCUCCUUAUAUGCCACCAUCCGAGGCACCAAACCCAGUCUUGACCUUGGAUGAUGUGUCGGAGCCGCCUUUGCCUCCUGUCUCCCCAACCAGUUCGAUUUCUGCGCCGAACUCUACAGCAAGGGCACCAUCUCCCAAUGCACAGCCUAAGAUUGCUGCAGGCUCUUUGCUGUUGAGCUUAGCUUUGCUACUUUCUGCUAUUCUCCUGUUUUGAAGCCAUAUUGGUCUACAGCUUUGAACUCUCUUCCUGCACAUGUAUUUCCCGUAGCAUUGCUUGAUAUUUGCCUAGUUUGGAGAUUUUUGCUGCUCGAAUAUAUGGCUGAUCCAUUCUUUUUGCCUCCUCUUUCCCCCUUUUACUGAAUGUUGGUGAUUUUCCCCUGUUGAUGUUGUAGUUAUGUUCAUUCUUCUUCCAAAUGUAAUUUUAGGGAUAUAAUCUAUGAGAGAUACAUGUCAGAUUGAAUAUUUUAGUUAGCAUUUUCUUACUUUUCAAUUGUUUUAUGACGUGUUUAUAAGUAUUCUUUAGUGUGUGUUAGUGAUGUAUUUCCUUCUGCAUUAAGUUAGUUUUGCUGAGCUAUGUUACAGCUGUCAGUUUGUUAUUGUUAUUUUUGCUAAAUUAGUUUGUAACAGAAUAUUCUUCCAUAAGCUUCUAUAAGCUUCUCAUGUAACGUUAUAUAUAGAAAGAGAUCAAUAAAGAAGAUUGCCUUUUCCUUGU